CCGCUUCCAGCGGGUUGUGUGAACGCAGCCCCGGAGGCUGCUUCCGUCACGGCUACCUCAUCGCCCGCCUGCCUCCCUCCGCCGAGAGAAAAUAACGGAAAGGUGCCGAUUGGCCGAGCGCGCCGGAGCCUCCCCGCGGCUGCCGGGUUGCGCCGCGCCUCGCCUCGCCGGGCUCCGGGCUCGGGAAGGGAUGCGGCGGGGCGCUGCGCCCGGCUCCCCGCGGGGACAGCAUGACCCGGCGCGAUCGGCUCAUGAAGGGAAGACCUCAGAGGCAGCCUGAGGCCGGCGCCGACUCCCGGGCGGGUUAUAUUCUCACUAGGCCAACUCUUGUCCUCAUGCUGGAAAGGGGAGAAGAGCCCUGUGUGAGCAACAGCAAGAACGGAGUGGGGAGCAGCCUGCUGAAUGGCAGCGUUGCAGAUUCCCAAGCCUUGAAAGAGAACGCCAAGUCACCUUCGCCCUCGGCUCUCCCUUCCCCGCCCGCCACGGAGUCUCCCAAGCCACCCCGUCCACGCCGCCGGCGCCCUCCAGCUGUCCUGCCCUCGGACCGUCCCUAUCAGUGCAAAGAUUGUGGCAAGCGUUUUGUGUAUCGCUCCAAACUGGCCACCCACCAGUGGACUCACUGCGCUGAGCGCCCUUACAAAUGCCCUGAUUGUCCCAAGAGUUUUAGUUACCCGUCCAAGUUGGCCGCCCACCGACGUACGCACACUGGGGAGCGCCCCUUCCCCUGCUCUCUGUGCCCCAAGCGCUUCGGACACCGCUCCAAGCUGGCCGCCCACCAGUGGAUCCACACGCCGGAGCGCCCGUACAAAUGUGCCGAUUGCCCCAAGAGCUUCUGCUAUCCUUCCAAGCUGGCUGCCCACCGCCGCACGCACACGGGGCAGCGGCCGUACCCUUGCAGCCGCUGUGGGAAGAGUUUCUGCUACCCCUCGAAACUGGCUGCUCACCAGCAGAUCCACGCGGCCACCGCGGCAGGACGGCCUUAUCCGUGCAUGCGCUGCAGCAAGAGUUUCCGGCAACUGCGCAACCUCACUCUCCACCAACGGGUGCAUGAGGAGGGAGAAGUGGGCGAUGACUUAGCCCAGGACAAGAGCCACAGCAGUGGAGACAGGUCCUAAGGAAGAACACUGGCCUCUGUGAGGGCACGGGGGGAAACGUGGAUAAUGUGCAAACUUGGUAGCGGUGGGAUCUUUGUAAAUAUUGGAAGGUUACGAUGGAGGUCAGGGAUAGCAGUGUAACCUCCAGCCACCCAUAAGUUCUCUGUUUUCGGCUUUGAUGGCAAAAUGCCAAAUGACAGGCUCCCCUCCAGAGGCCAAGUUGGGCACACCGUGCUGAAAACUGCCCUAGGAACCUUGUUUCUGCAGUGCCCCGUGGCCUCUCCUACAACCUUGUUUUAAGUUAAUGCAGACUUGUGGUUUGUUUUGCAUCAUUUUAAUCUUCUGGUUCUUACAAAACACAAUCCUUCCACUCCAUAGUCCCCAUCAGCUUUGUGCCAGCGAAACAAAACCACCGUUGAGAUUCUCACACUAAUCACAUUUAGAGAAGUGAAUGCCUGCACCGAAUCUCACUGUCAGGAGAACGGAAUCUGUUAACGUUCUUUGCACAAAAGGAGAAACCUCUGUCUGUGGCUGUGUAUAGUUCUGUUUAUGCUCAACCGGUGCAUGCUUGUGCCAGAAUGUGGAUCUCAGCCCACCUGUCAUCCAAGGGUCUAUAAACUUGCGUUAUCUGCAUUGUGCAUUAGACGGGCUGUGCCUUGACCAGUCGACCUUUGGCCGUGGAAAUUGGAGGUUUAAUAUGCCUGAGCACAUCAUAUCCCAUUGGACAGGAGUAGUGUCUACUUUUAAGAAGUCUCUGAUUUUUACAAAACCGAAGCCGAGUUGGACAAUGUGGCAAUUGGUGAAAUCUGCCAGUGGGAUCGCUUAAUACACAAAUUCCAGGAAGGAGUAGGCAACAGUUUAUGUUGAAAGGGUUGUAGAAACAGAAAACUUAAUUUUGCAAAUUCACACGCUGUCCAGGUUUGUAGUUUACACGUUGCAUCAAAAGAUGCCUCAGGUCACUUCAGGAUUGGCGUGGGUAGUGUGUUAAGGGUGGGCAAGUGCAUCAGAAGCACGCAGAGAAAGCCGACUUUACACAUGAAUUUCUUGGGCUAAAAGGGACUGUUAUCAUUUUAUUUUCACUAUGUAGUACACACAAUUUUAUAGCCUGCUUCCUUGUUACUCCUGUGUGUUUGGUUUACUGUUCCACAUACCUAAAGACUCUGAACAUUUCUAUUUUGCCCUCAUUGUUGAAUAUUAAGUUCCCUCUUGGAUUCUUCUCUCCACCUGUUUUUCUCCCAUGCUCUUCUAGACCCAAGUCCGUCUUUCACUACUAUCCACAAUUAAUACACAAUCGCUAUUAAAACCCAAUACAUGUAGUCCUCAACUUACGACAAUUGAGCCCCCAAUUUCUGUUGCUAAGCGAGACAUUUGUUAAGUAGGUUUUUGUCCCAUUUUACGACCUUUUUUGCCACAGUUCUUAUGUCAGUAACAGGAUUGUGAAGUGAAUCUGCCUUCCCCACUGACUUUCUUGGUGAGAGGUCUCCAAAGAUGUGACCCCAGACAUUGCAACUGUCAUAAGUAUGAGUCAUUUGCUAAGCAUUUGAAUUUUGAUCACCUGACCACGGGGAUGCUGCACAGUUGUGUGGAAAAAAAACCACGUCAUUUGCUUCAGUGCUGCUGUUAACUUGGAACAGUCGCUAAACAAACUGUCGUAAGUCGAGGACUACCUGCAAUGUAUCUUUCCACUUCCCCACAAACUAGCACGGACGGAUUCCGCGCAAUUAAGGGAAGGUAUUUCAGCUCAGAUUUUGGUGAAAGGCAGGUGGAAGUAUGUGCGAUUGAUUCAUAGUUUGUUUGUAGACAAUAUUAAAAAAAAAAAAAAGUAAAGCUCCAUUA